AUGGCACUACAGGAUGGUGGGACGGUUUGGAUAACCGCGGUCAGUGACAGGACUGAGAUGUUGAACUUUGAUUCUGAUCUUCUCGAUUUCAGUAAAUAUGACAAGAUUGAGCCCCGCGUUAUUCUGGAAAGUCAGCAGCGAGAUCCAAGUAUUGGCAGAGUGUUGGCAUACAAAUUAAAUGGACACAAACCGGCAGCCCAUGAAAUUUGUAAAGAACGCCUGUACACCAGAAAGUUGCUGCGUGAAUGGCCAAAGUUGGAGGUUGGAAAAGAUGGGCUUUUGAGAAGAAAGUGUGGAGAGUAUUUACAGUUGGUGCUGCCGAAGACAUUCCACUCAUUGGUGUACAAGGAGUUACAUCAGGAGAUGGGUCAUUUGGGGGUGGAGAGAGUGCUACAAUUAGCUCGUGAGAGGUUUUACUGGCCCUACAUGCAGCGUGACAUUACUCACUUUGUGACUCGGGUGUGCAGUUGUCUGAAGCAAAGGCGACCAAAUAUCUCCACUCGUGCUCCUCUCCAACCUAUUGUCACAAAUGCACCGUUUGAGUUAAUAUCCAUAGACUAUCUGCACCUGGAAAGAAGCUCCGGCGGUCACGAAUACAUUCUGGUCAUCGUUGAUCACUUCACACGAUUCGCACAAGCGUACCCCACAAGAAACAAGUCAGCCCGUACAGCAGCCGACAAGCUGUACAAUGAUUUUAUGCUCCGUUUUGGAUUUCCGGCGCGUAUUCUGCAUGACCAGGGAAGGGAGUUCGAGAACAAGUUGUUUCACCAGCUACAGCAGUUGUGCGGGAUGAUCCGUUCAAGGACUACGCCCUACCACCCUCAAUGCAACGGUAAAGCAGAAAGAUUUAACCAAACAUUACUGUCCAUGCUAAGAACUCUACCCGAAGAAAAGAAGAGUAAGUGGCAUGAGCUUUUGCCCAAGGUUGUUCACGCAUACAAUUGCACCAAGAGUGAAUCCACUGGGUAUUCACCAUUUUACCUCCUCUUUGGACGCUCGCCACGUUUGCCAAUUGAUAUCAUCCUGGGUACAUCACCGGGGUCAAUGACAGGAAACCACAUCACCUAUGUCAAAAGAUGGAAGUCUGCUAUGACGGAGGCGUACUCAUUAGCUGCAGAGAAAUCCCGCAUGUCAUCCGCUAAGGGGAAACAGUUUCAAGAUCGCAAGGCACACUAUACAAACCUGGAACCUGGGGACAGAGUUCUCGUCCGAAACCUGUCAGAGCGUGGGGACCUGGUAAAUUGCGGGCUUACUGGGAAGAUCAGAUUCACGUUGUGGUAGAACGAAAAGGAGACAAUCCUGUCUACGAAGUGAAGACUGAAGGAGGAAACAAAAAGCAUCGCGUUCUGCACAGAAACCUGCUACUUCCAUGUGACUUUCUACCGGUAACUCCAGAGCAAGAACAUCGAACAAUUAACAAGACUCGGCGUGGAUCUAGGAUCGCAAGGCAAACGCGUGAUGCAUUACAGACAAGUACGGAUAGCGAGACGGAUGAUGCUGAACACCUAACACAUUCACCAAUGGAACUUGACGGAUUGUCUUGUCCGGUGGAAAGAGUCAACCCUGAAACCAGCACUGCCUCUGGUCAACAUGUACCAAUAGACACUGAUGUCCAGACCCCGUCUAAUGAGCUGCAGUCUGUAAAUGACCAUGAACCAACAGAUGUGAAUCACUCUGACUCUGCUGAGAAUCAAGACACCUCACAUGUGUCAGUGCCAGAGGAUCCGGGUCCUGGGCAAGAGCCAGAAUUUCUAUCAGAACCGGAAUUGGAACAACCGGAACCAGACCUGGCACAAAGUCGUCCCCAGCGUGUCCGUCAUCCGCCAAGAAUGUUUACAUACGAUACACUGGGAGAGCCAACUAUCUGUGGUGUCCGGGCCGCUUCAAACCCUGUCCCUGGAUGGUGCUGUCAACCAUUCCAAUCACCCUGGAUACAACCUAUGUUUCAGUACCCUGCACAACCAUAUUAUGGCCCUCUGGCAUACCCACCCUGUAUACAGAUGAUUCAUGUGUAA